AACAGUCAAUCAGGAAGAACUUUAUCCUGGGCAGGGUCUUGGAGGAUCCUGAACCUCCCCCAGGAAGAGUAAGCAAGAAGCAGGAAUAUACCCACAAGACACCAGUCCUUCACAAGGCUCCAUACACACAAAUAUUCACACACUUGUACACAUCUUGUUGCGAGUUAUCUUAGCCAAUCCACCAACUGGCUUGUUUCGGGAGGUGGGAGGAAAAACCAGAGAACCCGGAGGAAUCCAACAGAAAUGGGGAGAACCUGCAAAACAUUACACAAACAGUAACACAAACUGAGGGGUCAAAACAGGGAUCUUGGUGCUGGGAAGACACUAAAUCCUUUUCUUUCUUUUUUUUUAAACCCAACAUAUAUCAUUUAUCACACUGCUAAUGAGUUGCUUUCAGUGCUGUUUAUUAAAUUGGCAAACUGAAACUGAACAUAGUCUGAAGAAAGGUUUCAUUUGCAUGCAUAUAUGGGGGGAGGGGGGGUUAUUCUGUUGCGAAUGUGAUCUUUUGUGUGGAGAAAGGUCUUUCCUUGCUAUGUUGCAGUUGCAGUUUACUCAGUGAAGUAAGACGAGGGGAAGUCAAACACCUAUCAGAGCUAAUCCACUCUUGGCAAAGAGAGCCGGACAGAGGCGCUCGGAUCAACACAAUUGAAGGGAGAUCAGACACAUACACCGUAAGAGCGUUGGGGGAAGUGCAGUCAGAUAGGGGGUGUGUCAGGCAGAGUGUGUUUCAGAGAGAGAAGCUGAUGCAGGGAUGGGGUGUGUGUGAGUGUGUGUGGGGAGCAGAGCAGGAGCGAAUGCACUAAAACUCGCACACAUGCGCAGGAACCAACAGAAACGGAGACAGCUUUUCAGCAGCGGCUAAGGGAUUACUCCUAUUUUCGUCUCCAUCCUUCCUAGGGUGAGCCCCUUUCCUUUAGCUUUAACAAAUCGUAUGUGCAUGUGUCUUUAACUGCUACUGGGUUUGAGAAUGUACAUCACUGAAUGCAGCUGCUGAGAAAUAAGUCCAGAGCUGGUCAUGUGGACCAUAUAAACAUACAUCAUCCAGAGAACGAGGCUGCAUUCAGAAAAGAGAAAAUGGGGCAAGAGGACUUGAAGGAGACGAGGAAAAACUGAGGUUUGAGGUUUCUACUGCAGAUGGCUUAAUGCAGAGCUUCUACACUCAGAUAGAAGGGCUGGUGUUUCAAUUUUAUUAUGAAUUUAAAAUUUAGCAAUUAAUCAGGUACUGUAGCUUUUCUUUUAUGUGUAUCUAUUUUUGAGGAUCAGUCAAUAGUCUUGAUUGGGAUGGAGUGGAAAGCCUAAUUCACAUGACUAAUCAAUGCUUAUAGGGAAAGAUUGAUGAGGAUUGAUAGGACUUGACGUUGGAUCUUCAGCACUGAUCCAGCGAUUUAGAGCUCUCCAGGACAGCUCCAUUAUGACAAAACAGUACUGCAAACUGGGGCAAGCUGCGAGAGAGCAAUGCCAGGAGGAAUAGAAACUGACCAGAACAUAACACAACCAGAGCAGACAGCUAUGUGAAGAGCAAAUUAAAUGAAUACUCCAGUAUUUUUCAACCACUAUUUUUUUUCCCUACAGAUACAGUAGAUGGAGAUUUUGGUUGGAAACACUGGAGUAUUUUUUUUUUUAAGAACUUUGUGUGUUUUUUUUUCUUCUCUUUAUUUCUUUCAUGUUUAGUGCCAGAGGAAUAUUGGAGACCCGAGAUGGAGUACAACAGGACACAGUGCGAGCUGUGAUUUCUUCAAGAGGGUUACAAACAUGAUCCCUCAAAGUGCAAGAUUCUUACUGAUUCUCAGUCUUACUUUGUUCAGCAGCCCACAUGCUGCAUACCUGACUGGAGAUGGAGGAGACCAAGCAUGGACACAGACAAGCCCUGUUAAAGAGCACAAAGAGGUCCAUCCUGCUGGCAGCUUACUGUGGAGCAGGCAGACAUCAAGAGCCAAUACGGACACCACUACUCCAUCAAUAACUACUCCACCAAAAACACAAAACUCUUGGCCACCUACUCAUGGUGAGACUGGCCAUUCAUCACUAACCACCUUAUUAGCAACACUGGGGUCAUCUCCCAAUCCAGCCUCCCAGGCCCAGAGCAAGGUAUUCAAAGCACCAGCAUAUACAACGUCUCCUGACCAAAGGAGACGUGAAAUGAGGCUUGGCGAUAUCUGGGUAAUGGGGGAGCCCAAAGCUACUGCUCAAAGAUCAGAUGACACAGGUUUGAAACAAAAGCAAACAGACCUAUUGACUACUCUACAGGAUGAUAGAAGAAUGGUAGAGGAGUUCACCAGGAGGCCACCUCACCUUGGUACCAAUUCCCCUAGAGACAUUUUGAAACUAGACUCUAUGCCCAAUCGGACAAGUCCUGGCUUGGACAAAGUGCAUGAAGUUCCAUAUGAGAAAAAAGAUAGUCGGAGUUCCUUAAAAGAGGAGACAUCCAGACCGACUCCAGGAUUGCGAGCACGCACUCUUAUUCCAGGCUUGCUUUUACUUGAUGACUGGAAUGAUGACUUCACUGAAUCCUCCUCCCAGCCUGACUGCAAUAUUGACAACACAGGCAUCUGCAACUCCUCCAACCCUCUCUGGAGCCUUGGUCUCCCUGACAACCUCUCCAGUGCCCUGACUCCUGCUUCCCCAAUGCCCUCUCCUGAGAAUAUGAACCCACCUCCUUCUAUAAUAAUGACCCCACCUCUUUUGGUGCCAUUAUUUUCAGACUGGAAUGCUGCAGUGGCAACGUGGGGCCUGGCGUGGGAGCUGCAGGUAUACGGGCUGGGUUGUGUGUUCUCUCUGGUGGCUGUAUUGUCUGCACUAAGCUUAUUGUGCCUCCCUCUGUGCCAGCCGUCUGAUUGUGCCAACUUCACUCUUCUGCAUCUCCUGCAGCUGCUUAUUGGCUCAAGUCGGGCUUUCUGGCUUAUCUACGACCCCUAUGGUCAGAGAGAGCGACUCCCUGUGGCCUGGGCACGGUUCCUACAUGAGGCCGGCUACCCAUGUUUAACCGGAGCUUUAGGCAUGCUGCUUGUGCUGCUUUCUCCUCAGCUACUCUCUCAGAAUGCACUGCGGCGGUGUAUUUGCUUGCUGGCCGCACUCAUGCUGCUUCACAUGGCCACAGUUAUGGGCGCAGUUGGAAUAUUAUGGAUUUUCCCUUCCUUCCCUGUCAUUUCUCUGCUGCCCCCUGCAGCCUUCCUGCUUCUCUCGUGUCUCCUCUCCACUUCAUACCUGCUGCUCUACUGCUGUGCCCGCGUCGAAGCCAAGCAUAUCUACAGGCUGAGGGAUAAUUCCCCUGAUCGCCGGGCAUGCCAGGCCAGCCAAUACCCCCUCAGUGAGGCACGCAUGUGGGAGCGGGCAGCUGGAAUGGGACUGUUUGCAGCACUUUUCCUACUGGCAUGUGCAGGACUCAGGCUCUAUGCGAUUCUGCAUGCACUGGGACUGACUGGCGGCAGAAUGGGGCUUAUGCCCUGGCCCUGGUGGGUCUUUCAACUGAGCUGCAGAGUAUGUGAGGCAUGCGUUUGUCUCACUCUAGCUCUCAUUCUCACACACCCUCUCCUCUGCUGUGGAGCAGCUCGCCCGAAACUAAGUCGCUGGAACUCAUGGUUCGGCAGGUCAUCCGCCAGGAACACAGUGAUAUCCAAACCCCAAAUUCUGUCAAGUGGCUGGACCAAGAAGACUGGAGAGACACUGCAUGAAAGCAUGUCACGGCAUGAGAGUGAGUGUGUGCCACUUUAUACACUAGCAGAGCUGCCCCUUGGAGAACCAGAAGGCCUGGACCUUAACUAUCCCAGCAGCCCUCAGCUUGCCCCUGCACAACUUUCUAAAAAUGGGCUUUUGGUCUCCCAGUCUUCCUUCAUCAGCCUGUACUGUGAUUCUACAGUAGAUCUGAGGCCUCCGUCUCCGAUUGACCUGCGGCGAAGCAUUGAUGAGGCUCUAAACAGUGAGGCUCUGUUCCAUCGCAGCCUGUUCAGCUCCUCCAGGCUGUCCCUUAGCACGCGGGGGCCUCCAGAUGGUCAGCCAUGCAGAGGAAUACCUGCAGAACCAUCCCUUUACCGCACAGCAUCAUGUGGGGAUGUGGAUUUGCCUUCUGCACCGUCACCACCUGUACUAAGGAGCAGCACAGCAUGGAAGACCUCCAACUUCAGCUCCUUACGUGGAGGAACUAGAAGUCAUGGAGGUCAGGCAUCUUUUUAUACUGGCUUUGCCUCUGGGCGCCACACUCAAAAGCAAUACAGGGCUCUGGGCUCCAUUUCUUCCAGAGAGCGUUUGUAUGAUCAGCAACAUAUUCGCACACAAGCUGAUGAACUGGCUGUGCAAGCAGAAUUCAUUAAUGUCUGCAGACAGAUAGAUGCUCUGAGUGUCUGCAGUGACACCAUCGAACUGUAGGUUAAUGGGACACAUCAGGACUGAGUGGAGUGGCUCUGAGGAUAGAGAAUGUCUAUAGCCCUAUAGUCUAUAGUUAUUUUUGAUAGAUGUAUGGAUUUUGCUCCAGAAAUGUACAUUCCUAUUGAGUUGCACAUGGUAAUAUGUUAAAAGGCACCGUCACAGUCUGGGCAAUUAGUUUGUUUUUGGUAAUACAACUGAUAUGCAACUUUAUUGACAAAGAAAUAAUAAAAUGGGAAUGAAUAAAUAUAUACAUACAGUAUAUACACUGGCAACAUUUAACAGUAAAGACAAGAUGUAAUCAAACAAACAAGGAAGAGCUCUUUCCUCCAGCAGCAAUAUGUCUACAUUUAGCACUUUAUUUUUGACAGGGUGAAGAAUCACUGCAAGUGGAGUGUGGUCAGGUGUGGCUUUACUUAUAAGAAAAGAGAUUUUCAGGUGAAAAUUAAGUUGACAAAAAGUUGAUAAAAGUUUGUAAUACUUAUAUAGCGACACCGGUCAGUGCAUGUAUGGGGGAAAUCGUUGUUUAAUUUUAGGCUCUUUUUUCCCUCCCCUAAUCAAAUACACACACACACACACACACACACACACACACACACACUAUACAAAA